AUGGAUGGGAGCGGCGAUCCGGAGAGGCAGCAGGCCCUCGAACAAUACAAGAACAAAUUAUUGGAGUCCAGAGAAUGGGAGUCAAAAUUGAAAGCGCUGCGGAUGGAUAUCAAAGGUCUCCAGAACGAUUUUGAGACGACAGAAGACAACAUCAAAGCACUACAAAGUGUCGGUCAGAUCAUCGGCGAAGUCCUGAAACAACUUGAUGAAGAGAGAUUCAUUGUCAAAGCGUCCUCAGGACCUCGAUACGUCGUCGGAUGUCGGUCCAAGGUCGAUAAGGCGAAGAUGAAGCAGGGCACGCGAGUGGCGCUCGACAUGACCACACUUACAAUCAUGCGCAUGCUUCCACGAGAAGUCGAUCCUUUAGUCUACAACAUGUCCUUGGAAGACCCCGGACAGGUGUCAUUUGCUGGAAUCGGUGGCUUGAACGAACAGAUCCGAGAACUACGUGAAGUCAUCGAGCUACCGCUGAAGAAUCCGGAGCUUUUCUUGCGGGUGGGAAUCAAACCGCCCAAGGGUGUACUUCUCUACGGACCACCUGGAACUGGAAAGACAUUAUUGGCAAGAGCAGUGGCUAGCAGUUUGGACACAAAUUUCCUGAAAGUUGUUUCAUCUGCAAUUGUCGACAAGUACAUUGGCGAGUCGGCUCGACUGAUCCGAGAAAUGUUCGGUUAUGCCAAAGAACACGAGCCCUGUAUCAUCUUCAUGGACGAAAUUGAUGCAAUUGGAGGUCGUCGAUUUAGCGAAGGAACAUCAGCCGAUCGAGAAAUUCAGAGAACGCUUAUGGAGCUGCUGAACCAGCUGGAUGGUUUCGACUACUUGGGAAAGACCAAGAUCAUCAUGGCCACCAACCGACCCGAUACCCUGGAUCCGGCUCUGCUCAGAGCGGGUAGACUGGAUCGCAAGAUCGAAAUCCCGUUGCCCAAUGAGGUUGGCAGGUUAGAGAUUCUCAAAAUUCAUACCUCGGGAGUUGUGACGGAAGGCAACAUCGACUUUGAGAGCGUGGUCAAGAUGAGUGAUGGGCUCAAUGGUGCCGAUCUGCGAAAUGUUGUGACGGAAGCUGGUCUCUUUGCCAUCAAGGAUUACCGGGAUGCUGUGAACCAGGACGACUUCAACAAGGCCGUGAGGAAGGUGGGCGAGUCGAAGAAGCUGGAAGGCAAGCUGGAGUACCAGAAAUUGUAA